UCAAUCACCAGGCGGUGCUCUUUGAUGUUUGGAGCUCUCGCCUUGUCUCGCAGCGCAAAUGUAUUAUUUGUUGCUGCUGUGCUGCGUUACUUUCACUGUGCGGAGCCACUUCUGAGCUUAACAACUUUAGGUUUGUUUUUCUUUAUUUUGUUAUUUUAUUUUUUCGUUUGCCUGAUCUGUGUGCAUUAAGAGAAAAAAGACCCAAAAGUUUCGGUGUCAGGCUUUCUUCAAAAGCAAGCUAUUGUAUUUGUUUCUUAGCAAAAAUGCCACAGUUAAAUAGUGGUGGAGGAGAUGAUCUGGGAGCUAACGAUGAAAUGAUUGCCUUCAAAGAUGAAGGGGAGCAAGAGGAAAAAAUCCAAGAAAACGCGUUAACCGAGAGGGACUUGGCAGAUCUUAAGUCUUCUUUGGUGAAUGAAUCCGAGAUCAGUCAGAAUGCCGGUGCUGUAGCGGACCAUGGGGCAAUCCGGCGUGCACAUGCAGAAGAAGAGAGAGCCUACACAGACAAACUUGCCCGGGAUCACCUGGAAGACCUGUCAAAACGUCAAGAUGGGGGAAUGUAUAAAGGACCUGCGUAUUCUGGAUAUCCGUUCCUGAUGCUGCCUGAUCCGUACCUUCAGAAUGGACCUAUGUCUCCAUCGUCCAACAAAGUUUCUGUGGUGCAGCAGUCCCAUGGGAUGCAUCCACUUACCUCCCUCCUCCCCUACAGCAACGAUCACUUCAACCCAAACUCACCGCAUCUACCUGCAGACAUGAGCCAGAAGCCAGGCGUUCACAGGCCCCAGUCGCAGGACCUCUCUGGAUUCUAUUCCCUCCCUCCAGGUGGUGUGGGACAGAUCACCCCUCCCAUGGGAUGGCAAAGUCAGCCUGUUUAUCCGAUCGCUCCCUGCGGAUUCAGGCAGCCGUACUCCUCAGGGCUCCCUGCCGGCUCUUCCUUCUCCAGGUUUCCUCACUCACUGAUGCUGGGUCCUCCAGGCAUGCACUCUACAGGGAUCCCUCACCCAGCAAUAGUGCCCCCUUCGGGCAAACAUGAGCAUGACCAGUAUGACAGAAACAUGUAUGUGAAGCAACAUCAGGAGCCAAAGAGGGAGAAGGAGCCCAAGAAGCCGGUGAUCAAGAAGCCCCUGAAUGCGUUCAUGCUGUACAUGAAGGAGAUGCGUGCCAAGGUGAUAGCAGAGUGCACCCUGAAGGAGAGCGCCGCUAUCAACCAGAUCUUGGGGAGAAGGUGGCAUGCCCUUACCAGAGAAGAACAAGCCAAGUACUAUGAGCUGGCCAGGAAAGAAAGGCAGCUCCACAUGCAGCUGUACCCAAGCUGGUCAGCCAGAGACAACUAUGAAACGAACCUUAAAGGGGGAUCGGGGGAAAAGAAUAAAGCAGAUUGGGGCAAGAAGAAAAGAAGAAAAAGAGAGAAGCAGCCAGACUCCAACUUAGACCCUGGCUCUCCUAAGAAAUGCCGAGCUCGCUUCGGCCUCAAUCAACAAACGGACUGGUGCGGCCCCUGCAGGAGGAAAAAGAAGUGCAUUCGCUACCUUCAAGGAGGAGGGUGCGCCAGCCCCGAUUCUUCCGAUGGAAGUGCUAUAGACUCUCCCCUCUCUCCCACUGACGCCCGCCCUCAUCUACAUCAAACUCCCGAAGACCUUGCUGGCUCCGCAGACUCAUUCCUAAGAGAACAGACCCCCUUCGACCUUUCAGCUAACACCAAGCCCACUGGACUGUCAGUACCAAGUUCACUGGACACACGACUUCGCUUGCCAACGACACGCCAGCCUUCAUCAUCAUCAUCAUCAUCAGUGUACAGUGCCACUAUCACACAAACAUAGUGUCGCAUACAAGAAUAUAAAAACUGAUGCAUUAAUGAGACUUGCAGGGUACUGAAAAUACCUUCCACCAGCAUUUUACCAUGACAAGAGUAACAAGAAAACCGCCAGCUGCUCAAAGUGUGUUCUGCUUUCUUUACCUGCCUUUGUUUUUGCCCUUGAUGCCAAGGAAAUGAUGCUUGCUCUAACCGUUUCUGGGGCUGUAAGUUUGUCACUGUGUAUUAACUGUUAAAAUGAUAAAACACACAACAUUUUGGAAUAAAUCUACAAUCUGCCACUCUGGAAGACAGCUGAGAACAACGUUAAGUCAUCUGUAUACUGGCAUGUUGCAUGAAUCUCACUAGCUAUGCUUUUGCCUACUACUUGCUUUAGAAAUGGUACAAUCCUGUUAAAGACUGCUAUUCGUUACUGAAAUGUUUACUGACAUUUUAAAAAGGCCUGCUUGUUAACAAUAUUCAUGUUGGUUAGAAACAUGCAGGUUCCUUCUGAAGAAAUUGGCAAAUCCAACCUCAACUGGAUUCAGUUGCAAUUUCCAAAGAUUCUUUGUUUAAACAUAUCAGAUGGGUGUUUUUGUUUUUUUAACUUGAAGCACAAGAUUGUACAGUCUGUAUUCAAUUCUUAAUUUGCCAGUAGUUACUCUGCCACAUUUAUGAAAUUAUAUGAAGUAGGGUAAGGAUUUUAUGUUGAGGAUAUUGGGUCAUUCCUGAUUUUGAUAAUAUCAAGUUUAAAGCACAUUGUACUGCAUUUUGCAGUACUACAAAAUUGAUUUGUUAAUGUAACUAAGUCAAUUGUUGUUUUUUUUUUGGGGGGGGGGGGGGGGUUGGUGCAAAGGCACUUACACGACUCAAGGAAGGUUGAAGAGCUUAUGAAAUGCACAAAGGUAAAGAAAGCAGCUCUUUAAAUUUAAUAUAUUUCUGAAAAUGAACAUUUUAAAAAAUCAGGGUAGCCUAAGUGUUCAGGACCUCAAAGUAAGAAAAUAAAUAAAACAAAAAAUAUAAAAUAUAUAAAAACAAAAAAAAAAUAAAAAAAAAUACUUCUAAACCAUUAACUAGUCUAAAAAAAGCAAUUUAUAUCCAUGCUUAUAUUGCAAAAGAAUCAGCGUGCUGCUCUACAUACAAUAUCUGCAUACUGCAGUCCUAGCCCGGAAGUAUAUUUUAUAUAAAAAAUGCUCAACGGUCUAUACUAGAAGUCAAACUAGCUUGUGCUUUCUGCAGUCUUACUAGCAAUUAUUAGGUAGAAAAAUGGUAAUUGUUACUCAGUUUAUGGUGUUGAAAUUGUGCACUACAUUUGCUGGCGUUUUGUGGUUGUGGAUAAAAGUGAUCUCCAUUUCCAAAGUGACAUCCAUUAUGAGAUAUAUUUUUCAGCAGUGCUUCAGUAAAACUGAAGAUUGUUGAGUUAAAAAGGUCUCUCAAAGAAUAACCAAAUGGGUACUGUAUGUCUUACGUGGACCUUGGUCAAAAUUUGACCCUUUUGAUGCUUUAAAUGUUUAACACUUUUAUAUGUAAUUGUUUUGUAAAAAAAGAAAAAAAAAAUAUAAAAAUGUUUGCUUUGCUUGUAAUGUUUCACAGUCUUGUAGAAUUUACAGCUUGUUUUUAAGGUUGUGUUCAACAUGUAAUUGUCGGUAAGACAAAACAGAAACAGAAUCUUAGACGUGACUGUAAACAAAGUGUUGCUGCCAAGAAAAACAGAACAGGUCAAUUAUUCACAUCUGCAAGAAAAAAACAAACUGCUUUUACACCAGUGACAGAAAAUGGAUAACUUCUCGCUCAAUUGUGACUUCUGCCUCACUCUACCAAAAAGAAAAAGAUAGCUUUAUUCUGUCAGUUAAAAUAUUUUGUACUCAGUUUUGAUAAUGGAUCUCGCUUCUGAGUACAUAAAGCUUAUUGUGAUCUGUUCUACUCCACUCCAGCUGAUGGUGCUGUGAUAUUAGAAUCUACUUUUUACAGUGAAAUGCUAAAAAUAUUACUGUAGGCUUUGGAGUUGCCUGAAUAAAAAGCCUUAUUAAAGUACAUACCAAAAACUUUUUUUUUUCCCCACGUUCUUAGACACCUGAUACAAUGUCUCAAGUAGCUGGUUUCACAAAUACUUUACCAUAUAUAUAAAUGCAAAAAAUAAAUCUUUUUUUUUUUUUCUCAAAAUUGGAUUAUUUUGACUUGAAACUUUUUUUUUUUGUUUGUUUUUUGUCUCGGAUCUAAUUGAGAAAGGUGUUGUGCCAUUAAUCAUCACAUUCAUGAAUGUAGAACUCAGAAAUAUCAAGCCUAAAAAUGUAAACCACUUCAUGCAUGUAGCAAUGAUAUAGUGUACAGAACAUGGAUACAAAUAUUAAAUUUGUUUGAUUUUA